UCUUGUUUCAAAAUAAUUUUUAAAGUGCUGGGACCAUAGCUCAACGGUAGGAGCUUGCCUGGCAUGCACCAGAUCUUCAAUGUGCCCCUGUACUGCAAAAUGAACACACAUAAAUAAACAGACUGCCUUAAAAGCAGCUCAGAGAGAGUGCACAUCUGUAAUCCUGGCACUCAGGAGGCAGAGGCAGGAGGAUUGCUGUAAGUUGCUGAACUACACAGCAAGAUACUUUGUCAAAAAACAACAAGCAGUUCAUGCAGGAAAAUGGAUAGUGAGGUACAGAGAGAAGGCUUGGAUUUGGUCAAUGAUGCUUAGAAGCUGCCUUACAAGGGUGUCGCAGUACCACUGAAUGAACUUCCUGAACCUAAACGAGACGACAGUGGCAGCACAGAAUCUGUGGAAGAACAGGCAAUAGAGUGGAUGGACUUGGCCUUACAGCACCUCCGUGAGAAUGUCCCCCAUCGGAAACUGACUCUUAGCUUCUUACGGAUGGAUCCUUCACAAAUAUAUUGAUACAAGAAAAAAAAUAGCAGCUCAAAGAACUAAAGAAAGAUGUGAAGAAAAAGUGGAUAUAUCAGUAAAGAC